UGCCAUUGGAAAUUCGUCAGUGUCUGCGAAGGGAGUUUAAAAGUCAAAAUCAACACGAAUGAUGCCAGCAUGGCCCUGGGUUGAGAACUUUAUUUGGGGAGGACAGAAGCGAAGAUGUUUCGAAAAGCAGUAAGGCACUUCAUUGAUCAAAUUGAUUCUGGAGGUGGGCUGAUCCCAGCCACCAGUGCUUAUGACGCUGAGAGGUUUAAGCCUCUGUGUCUGGUUUACAGGAAAACAACUGGUCCAUUCUGGAGAAAACCAAAGUAUUGCCCCACUGAUUUCGAACUGAAACAUAUACUGGAUGAUGAAGACAACUUGGUAUCAGUUCAGCAGGAGGAGAUGUCCUUCAGUUUCUUGGAGACGAUGGAUGGGCUCAUCAAAGGAAAGGCAAAAGUCAGUUUCGAAUCAAUCACAGGAAAAGUUGAAGGUUCAAAAGCCAAAUGUGACACCAUUCAACUACAAGGAGCCAAACAACUUCACAUCAGUGUCUCAGAGCUAAUCAAAAGCCUGAAAGAUCGAAAAGUUGGACCUUCUUGGAAGCUGAUUAAAAAUAGUUACUCAGGAGAUCUCUGCAUCGUAACUGAAACAUUAAUGUCUGUAAAGCCCAUCUCACUUAAGAAGUUUAACAAGGGAGAAUCAAAAGUGUACAUCGCAUUGUCUGACAUCUCUAAGGCAGGUACAGAGUGCACUCUUUUGACUGAGAGAACAAUGGAGAUUCCCAAGGGAGCAGUCCUCGCCUACAAAGUGUGGGACCUGACUGUAUCAGAAGAUGACACACUCUGCCUCUCAGUGCCAAAAGAAAAGAAUCAAUUGAUGUCUUGGUUACGUGCUGACAGUCUUCAUGUGAAAGGACAGGAAGGGCUUGAAAUCUCCAAUGAAUUUAAGUGUCUAGAAAAUGUUUUGAAACGUCAACUCCUGGACCAGAUAUGCCAGAUUAUUGAAGACCCGGAACUUCACUCAAUUCUCAGUGAGAUGCUCUGUGAUGCUUGUGCUGGAAUCAAAUAUAAGCCCUCAGACUUGAAUAAAUUGGAUGAUAAAGGAAAAGAAUGUGCAGAGAAGCUGCUUGGCAUCUGGAGUGAGGGUCAGCUACAGAAUGCGGGUGAGAACAAGCUGCUAAUUGCAGUCUGCUCUCUCGUUACAGCAUUGGAAGAUCUGCCAUUAGCAACACUGCAGUUGUUAGUUGAGAGUUUGAAGAUGCAGAUUCUACCUCAGCAACUUGACCUGGUCACCAAUAUCAGCAAGAAUCUGGGAGAUAGCCAGGUGGGUCAGAUUCUGGAAGUGGACACUAGAGGUUUGUCAGAGGCUGCAUUUGGAAUAACUGCACAGAUCCUGAAUGAAAUUGGAAUUCAGAUGGAGAGAGAAGCUGUUCAAAAGAUGAGAGAAACGAGUCUGUGUGAACUGUCCAUUGCUUUGUACUGUCUCGAAGCACUGAGCAAUUAUCAAGAGUGAACCCAGAGAGGGAUAAUACAUGGAUUUGUGUUUUUUUUAUUAUUGUUGUAAGGCUCAAAGAAGAUUCUGAAGUAUUUUAUGUCCCCUCAUUAAUGCAUAUUUCGAAGCAACAAUCUGAGUGUAUCUCAUAGACUUUAUCUGUACUGAGAGAUUAUAAAUGGUCAGAAUCUUCUUCCAUCGCUCAGAAAGAUACACAACAGUAAAGCAGUCCCCAAAAGGCAAAUAGAACUAGCUACCUAGAAGAAAUAAAGCAGAUCACAGAUGAAGGCUCAGAGCCUGUCCUGGGGAUUAUAUACCAAUCAAAGCUCCCUUUCCCGCAUACUUCGUCAUCUAACUAAUCGGCUUUUAUUCCCUUCCCUCUCUCAUAUGCUUUCCCCUUAAAAACAUAAAAAUAUUCACCUCAACCACCCCCAGUGAUAGUCCGUGUCUCACUCUCUCGACAAGAACAUUUUGGAUUAAUUUUCCAAGAUAUUUAUUGGAAUAUCAGACUAGUUUGCCAUUGGUAUUGCUAUAGAAAAGAAACAUAUAGUGGAUGUUUUCAGAACAAAUGUAAGAAUGUCACAUUUCAAAGUGAACAAUAAUUCAUACUGCAUUAGAAAAAGGGAAAGGGUGAUGAUUGGUUACCAGGUAAUCCCCUCUCAAGCUUCAUUGGUCCUCGGUGUCAGGGACUGCCUGUUGUUGCAGCAAAGGCCAUAUGAUUGGUUAGCAGCUUUUGGAGGUAGGAGAUCAUCUCCAAUGAAAGCUACAUUAUGGUCAAUAAAUGGCUGAGGACAAGUCAGCGAAGUGAAGGCUAGCUUGCUCCUCUUUUUGAUGCUUGGAGGCAGGAGUGUGGAGGAUGGAGACAGGAGGUGGAGUCAGAGUGGGGAGUGGGGAGUGGGGAGUGGGGAGAUGGGAGACUAUAGGUGACCGAAGAUCCCACUUCCCAAAUAACAUUCAGCCCAGAAACUGCUAUACUAGCUUUGCAGUGUUCCUGACUGUUGGAAUACUUUGACUCUUAAUUGGCCUUUAAUAGGGCCUAACAAGACCCUCAGUUGUAUUCAAAAAGGUCUCUCAUUGUUCCCUGCUUUAGGGCAGUUAGGGCUGGUUAAUAAAUUCUGGCCUUGCCACUGAUGCUUACAGACCCAUGAAUAAAUAGAAACAAACUCAGUAGAUACUAUAAGUUGGAGCAAGGACUCCACACAAACAGAAUGUGACAGUGAACAAUUACUUUUAUACGUUUACAUUUGUUAUUUUGUACAUUUAUAAGCUUUUUCCUAAAACAAACAAUAAAUGAAAAAUCUUACUGUGUUGAAA